AUGUGGGUUGGCUGAGUGACGCGCCAGUCGGAGCUUCGCUCUGCGCAAUAAAGAGACGCGGGACAGUCAGCGAACUGGGAGAAGCAAAGCUGCACCAGCACACACCGCCGUGCCUUGUCGGCUCAGACGCAUCUUGCGGCGAACUGAGUGGAGGAAACAUGCUGUGGUUUCAUUAAAACUCACGUCAACAAUCGCGCUUCAUCUUCAGGUUGCCACUAACGCUUCCCACCCACGGCAGGACCUCCGCGGCGAAGAGGGGGAUCUUUCAUUUUGGUUUUUUUUUUGUUGUUCGACAUCUAAUUGGAUUUCUUGCCUCCGCCAUGGGCAGCAAGACUCUGGCAGCUCCAGUCCCUCUCCACCCAUCGCUCCAGCUGGCAAAUUAUUCCCUUCUCCAGAGCUCCACAGGCCUUCAGCUGCCAACGGACCACUUGCACAGCAUCUACAGCUUCAGUGCCUUGCAUGCCAUUCAGCUUCACCAAUGGACCCCGGGCUACCUGCCUGUGGCCUUGCCUCGCUGCACUCUCUCAAAACUACCUGUCCAAUUGUCUUCGAUGGCCUCCAUCCCGAUCUUCCCUCAUCACCCGCAGCCCAAGCAGGACUCAGCGGCUCGGAUGCAGAGCUCAAAGGACAAGCCUCGCUUUGACUUUGCCAACCUGGCCACAGCAGCCACCCAAGAGGAUCAUCUGAAGGCGGAAGACCUGAGCAUGUCAGGUGUUGCUGCUGCCGCUGCCGCUGCCGCCGCCACUUCGUCUCACCAUUCUGAGUCAACCGGCCUCGGGUGCCUCCUGGAUGUGGCCAAGCUCUCCUACCCGGAGCGCAAAUCCAGUCGUGGCCGGUUGCCCUCAAAGACCAAAAAAGAAUUUGUCUGCAAAUUCUGUGGCCGCCACUUUACAAAAUCCUACAAUCUGUUAAUCCACGAGAGGACGCACACAGAUGAGAGGCCGUACACUUGUGAUAUCUGCCAUAAAGCCUUCAGAAGGCAGGACCACCUCCGAGACCACAGGUACAUUCAUUCCAAAGAAAAGCCCUUCAAGUGUCAAGAGUGUGGGAAAGGCUUCUGUCAGUCCAGGACACUGGCUGUGCACAAAACAUUACACAUGCAAGUCAAGGAACUGAAGCCAGCCAAGAUGAAAUGAAUCUGUUUUCUUCAAGGGAAGGGACGGGGACACUGGAUAUAUACAGUUCAGUAUGACCAAAUACGAUAAUCAACCAAAGACUUCAAAAAAAAAAAAAAAAUCUCAGUUAUUGGUAGGAAAACCUCCAAUUUCUUCCACUUAUGUGGGAAUGCUGCUCAAGGAUUAACAUUUUCACCAGCAUUUUUUUUACAAGAUACAGAAAUAAGCCUUUGUGAAGAAGUGCAUGACUAGUUGACAGAGACCCCAGUGGAUAUGUGGAAUGUGAAAUAGCAAUAACAAUUAAAAACAAACAAAAUAAAA